UCAUUUCACAACUUCCUUUUCAAACUGAAAAAUCAACUCUUCCUCAUUCACAUAGUUUUUCAACUCCGUUUUCUCUUUCCCGUUUUUCACCAACAUUUCUGCUUUCAUCUCAGCUCUCACAAACUUCAACAACUAUGAAGAAAGUUGUGUUGAAGGUGGAUGUAAAUGAAGACAAAAUCAAGCAAAAGGCUAUGAAAGCUGUCUCCGGCAUUUCAGGUGUGGAGUCAGUUUCUGUGGACAUGAAAGAGAAGAAAUUGACCUUAAUCGGGGACAUUGAUCCAGUACAAGUAGUUGCCAAGCUAAGGAAGUUCUGUCACGCUGACAUAGUUUCUGUUGGACCUGCAAAAGAGGAAAAGAAAGAAGAACCUAAAAAGGAUGAUAAAAAGAAGGAAGAAAAGAAAGAUUCUACAAAAGAAAUUGUUCUAGACCCACUCAAAUUCCAUCAAACGUAUGGUUACUAUUAUCAGAUGAAACCACAAUACAAUCCGUAUUACAGCGCCAUAAGUGCGGAAGAGGAUCCUAAUGGCUGUGUCAUUGUCUAAUUUUGUUACUACUGAGUUGAAUCAAAAGAAAAAUGCUGUAUUUCUCUUUUCCCCGUUUGUUGUAAUGAUUUAAACUGGGGGAUAGCUGGUCAAGCUACUGAGGGUAUCAUGGUGUAAAGGAUAGAGUUUUUUUUUUUUUUUUUUUUUAGUUUCAUGUAAGACUACUGCAUAAUCUUGAUAUUUUAUUUGUAUGUAAGCACUAUGAAAAAUUCAGCACUUGAGUAAAUUUGAGUGUAUUUUUAAUUA